AUGGACGUGUCGCACCUAGCCUCCACCCUCGCCGCUGCCAUCCCCGCCGCCUGUCCACCUCACGCGCACGCCUCCCCCGUCUCCCCGGGCUUCUCCCCGCCAAUGCUCUCCCCGCGCUCGCCUGAAGUCAGUCCGCGGGGCAGCCGCCUCAAAGUGACGGCGGAUAUCAUUAUAGCGCGUACAAUCGACUCUGUCCUGGACCUCUCCUUCCCUUACGGCUCUGCUGCUGCUUCCCCCUCGAGAGUAGGCACAGACGCGGACAUCAGCAGCCCCACAGCAGGGGAGGCAGACACGCCCAAAAUAGGCCGGCCGGGGUCGCUGUGGGGGGGCGGCAAGGGGAGGAAGGGCGCAGUGUUCCCGGCGCUGCUGGUGGACGUGCCAGACAGCAGCAAGUCGCCCACAGGCGCUGGGCGUUCCUUCGCAGCAGAUGCGGCGGUGCAGUCUCCUGUGCCCAAUUCGUCCACCCCGCCCGAACCCCCUGCAUCCACACCCUCGUCCACCUCCUCCUCCAACCCCAGCCCUCUUGGCUUCACCUUCACACCAACGUCAGCACCAACAGCAGCAGCAGCAGCAGCAGCAGCAGCAGGAUCAGAAGCAGGUGGCCCAUCCUCUCCGUCGCUCCCCACCACCCCUCCCCCGCCACUCUCUCCUUCCCUUUCCAAACCCCAUACCCAGAUCUCCCCAUCCUUCCCAUCCCCUCUCGCCCACUCCCCGCACGCCUCCCUUUCGCCCACCUCCCUAGCAGCCACCUUCGCAGCCACCAGGGAAGCCACCCCUUCCGCCAUCUGCCGAUCCCCCAUCGCCUCCCCCCUCAACUCUCUCGGCCCCUCCCACUCCCCCGCUCUCACGCCCUCCCGCCGCCACCUACCGCCCUUCCCCGAGCCCCCCAUGGCGCCCUCUCUCUUCUCCGCUAUGGACAAGCUUCUCUCUGUCUCCACGGGAGCAGCAGACCUCCAACCCUCGCCGCUUCCCUCCCCCCUUGCCUCGCCUGCUCUCUCCCCCCUCCCAGGGUCUGCCUGGCCCCCGGCCCUGUCCCCUGCCCCAUCCCCUGGCCCGUCCCCAGGCCCCUCCCCGGUGCCCUCGCCUCUCUCUGCCACUGCCAGGAACGGCGCUCUGCCGUCCUUGUUCACCCGUGGCGCCUUCCCCAGUGGGACCGGUGGUGGCGCGGGCAGUGACGCGGGCAGUGACGCGGGCAGUGGGGCGGGCGUGAUGGGCAAUGGAUUGGAUGGCACGACUGGGGGGUUACCAUGGCUGGGGUUGGGGUUGGGGUUGGGCCCUGGGCCAGGGUCGGGGUCAGGGUCGGGCAGUAGUCCUGGCAAGGCGCGCACGCUGCUAGGCCUGGUGGACCCAGGGGAGGAGCCUGCAGCAGGGCAUGUAUCCCCGUUCAACAGCUCCCGCCGCCACCUCGAUGCCUUUCGCAGGACCCGCCCCUCUGGUCGCACUCCAGAUGGCUUUUCCUCCUCUUCUUCUUCGUCGUCUUCCUCCUCCUUCUCCCUCUCGUCCUCGUCACCCUCACCACUACCAUCAUCCACCCCCACCAGUGCCAUCGCAACCACUGCCACUCAGCAACCCACUACAGUGCAAGGUGCACACACCUCAUCCCAAUCCGCGUCCGCCUCGCGUUCCUCUGGCCUACCUGUGCGUAUGACUGCCUCGUAUCGCUCCAAGUCACUGGAGCAGGCGCCAGUGGAAGCAGUGCCGGUGGGGGUGCUGUAUCAGAAGAGCCACUCGCUUGAUCUGGACCUCUCAAGGGUCACGUUUGACGGGCCACUCGUGGGCGGGCUGGAGGAGCCCCUGCAUCUGCCCAGCUUCACCAGCGGCGCCCUCCCCUGGCACCGCAAGAAGAGCCCGCCUCCCUUUGCUGCUGGCGCACGCGCGCUAGAGGCGCUGCGGCGAGCAGAGGGUGCUGCUGCUGCCCAUGCUGCUGCUGGGACUGGGUCUGCUGCUGGGGCUGGCGGGUCUGAGGCUGCUGGGACUGCUGGGGCGGGUGGUGAGAGCAUGGUGGGUGAGAGUGUUGAUGAGGAUGGGGUUCUUUUGCCCUCGUCUGCUCUGCCCUGGGGUGAUUCUGCAGCAGCUGCUGCAGGAGGAGGAGGAGGUGGGGUGGGUGGGUGGGCGGUGGAGCGAUUGGUGGUGGAGAGGGAAGAGGAGGGGGAGAUGGAGCAGGCAAUCAGAGAUGUGAAGAGCGGCAAGGAGGGGCAAGUGAAUGCUGUGGACUCCAACCCUGGGUUGAUCCAGGGUAAUGCCGUUGCUGGUGGGCGUGAUGAUAGUGGUGGAGGGGCGGAGGGUAUCGCCAGGGAUAAUGGCACUACUGCUGCACCGGGCGGCAGUGCUCUGGAUGGCUCGUUUGACUCUCUUUUUGGUGCCUCUGCAGGGGUUCUCCUGCCACUCGUGCCUGUGCUGCCGCCGCUUAAAGCCGAUGCUGCAUCUGUCCUCUCCUUCCACACACCUGCCACAUCUGCCACCGCUGCAGCUGUCCCAGCAGACCCAGUAGCAGGAGCAGCAGCAGCAGCAGCAGCGGGGACAAGGGACAAAGAAGCAGCAGCACAAGGCACUGACGUUCUUACAAACCACGUGCCACACAGGCACACACCACCCCAUCACCCUCCCCUGGGCCUCCUACCCCUCUCCAUCCCCGGCAGCACCAAGCCUCACCCAGCAGCACCCGCCCCACUCCACACCGCGCCCUCCCCCUCCCCUUCCUCCCUCACCCCCUCCCCCCUCGCCUCCUCGCCUCUCAUCACCCCAUCGCCCACCAGCGGCCCCCACAGAGCCUUCCCGCGCUCAGCCACGUGCUCCUCUCUGCCUGUGCGCUCGCCCCUCUCCUCCUCCCCCAUCGCCUCUCCCGGGUCUCUAGAGGCGCUCUUCCAGUCGUCCAAGCACCACGGCGGGGUUGUGUUGGAGAAUUCUGUAAAGUCCCCCGGAGUGGGAUUUGAUCACCAUUCUAGCCUCUCGGCCUCCUCCCGCCUUGCGCUCCCGCUCCCUCCCUCUUCUUCCUCCUCUACCCCCUCCUCCACUCCCAACGCUGCAUCAGCAGUAUCAGCCCGGGCAGCAUCACUAGCAGCAGCAACAGCAGCCACAUCAUCCCCCGCUCCAUCGCUCUCCCCGCUCCUCCUCGCUGGCUCCACUGCUUCUCCCUCCACUGCUCCCGCGCUGCUAUCCCGCCCCGCACUCGCACGCUACCACAGCAUGCCAGCAGCCCAGAUGGGCCACCUCCCCAUGCCCGCCCUUGCCCCCAUGCACUCCUUCCUCGACUCGUCCGCCAACCCUGUAUCCCUGGAGGAGCUGUUUCAGCAAACCCGGCUGUCAGGGGUUGUGCCUGUGUUAUCGCCCCUGCCGUCCCCACUCAUCUCCCCAGCACUCAGCUCGCCUGCCUCUGCUGCCGCAUCCCCUAUAGCCGCUUCCCCUGCUGCUGCUGCUGCUGCUGCCGCUGCUGGUGUCAGCACCUCUGGUUUCAUCUCCCCGGUGCUUUUCUCGCCCGUGCUGCUAUCCCCAGCCAUGUCCCCGGGUGUGGCACCACCAGUGCCUCCGCCCACUCCUGCCAAGCCCUCUGUCACGCUGCUUGGCCUUGUUCCUUCCUCCUCUUCCGCCUCCUCCCCGUCUUUCUCCAAGCAUCAGCCUUCCCCUCCUCCAUCCGCUUCCUUGCCGUCCCUCUUCUCCUCCUCCCCCCCCCCCCCCCCUUCCUCCUCCUCCUCCUCCUCCUCCUCCUCCUCCUCCUCCUCCUCCUCCUCCUCCUCCUCCUCCUCCUCCUCCUCCUCCUCCUCCUCCUCCUCUUACUCCUCCUCCCCCUCCCCCCCCACCACCAGCGCACCCCCUCCCACCAACCCCUCCUUCUCACCAGCCCCACCAUUCCACCACUUAAUCCCAACCCCACCUCCUCCCCGCUCCCCUUCCGCCGACCCGCGCUCCCCACGCCACAGCAUGAUACACUCCAACCCACACUCACCCAGGCACGGCUGGCACUCACCCAUCCCCUCAACCUCAACCAUCCCCACACACGACCCUUUCUCUCUCCACCACGCGCCCUCCAGCAGCGGCGGCCCCAUACACUCUGUGCAGAGCCCCUCGCGCCCGCGCUCCCCCGUGCCGCUCUCUCCCCGUGUGCUGCGCCAAGUGGCUGCUUCCAACAGUUUCAACAGCAGCAGCCCCCGUGCUGCCUCUGCUGCUGCGGCGGCGGCUGUGGCUGCGGCUGCUGCUGCAACAGAGCCUGCUGCUGCUGCAUCAGGUGGGUUUUCAGGUGGUGGAGGGUUGGAAGAGGCGGCUCCUCUCUCGCAGCUCGACGUGCUCGUUGCUCUCUCUGCCGGCGCUCUCCCUGUCAUGCCCACGCACACCUCUCCCACCGCUUCCAUUUCUCCCGCCACCACUCCCGACCGCUUCUCACCCACAUGGCCCGCAACAGCAGCACACAGCCCUUCCACUCCUGUCGUCGCUGCAGCAGCAAUCAACCACACCGAGUCACCAGCGGCAGGACCUCGCACCCCUGUGAGUGUAUUCAGCACAGCAGGACCAGGAGCAGCGACUGGCAGCACAGGCAGUCCCAGGCACGGUCGGCCCAUGCGCACGCUGCUAGGCCUGGUGGAGGUGCGGGAGGAGGAGCCCCCUAAAUCCCCCCGCAGCGCCAACCCCUCCCCUCGCAGCCGCCAUAUACGGCGCCACAGCAUGCCCAGUGCCAAGAGCAACCUCGGUGCUGCUGGUAGCUAUGGUGCGGACGGGGCAGGGGGAGGGGUUGGUGGGGGAGGGGGGACGGGUUCAGUGCCUGCUGCUGCUCCUGAGGCGUCUCCCCAGGGUGAUGCUGUUGGUGCUGCGGCCAGUGCUGGUCAAUGUGCUGCUGAUGCUGCUGCUGCUGCUCCUGCUGCUGCCCCUAGUGCUGUUUCCUCACUCGUCUUACCAGUAGAUCGACAGCAGCAGCAGCAGCAGCAGGCGCUGCAGCAGAGGCAGCGGCAGCAGCAGCAGGACCAAGGGUACGCUGCAGUGGGGCUGACCCAUCUGGGUCCGUUGCAGGGGGGCGGGGAGGAGGAGCAGCAGUUCCAUCUGCAGCUUCCCAACUUCAAGACUGCUCGCCCUCCCUUCCUACGCGACUCUGCCUCCCCUGCUGCUGCUCACAGCCCUGCCUCUCCUGCUGCUGCUCAGAAUGAGCACGUGUUGCUGCCAGCAGGGCUAGGGGCAGAGAGGGAAGGCGGGGGGAGUGCUGGUGGGGAUAUGGGGAGACGGGGAGUGGGGAAUACAGGCGGGGGAGAUGCGCCAAAGAGAGUGGUGCAGCCGGCAGAAGCAGGAGAUGCAGUGGCUGUAGCGGCUGGUGAGGCUGUGCCUACAGGUGCAGUUGCCGACAGUGGGAAAGCUGUUUCUGCUGCUGCUGCUGCUUCUGCUGCGCUCGUUUCACAGGAGAGCGGAAAUGGAGCAGGUGCGGCCGGGUCAACAGGGCUGCCAGGGUCGGCAGGGGUGUCAGGGUCGGUGGAGGCACGGAGGAUACUGGCUUUGCUGCAGCGACUGCGAGAGCCGCUGGUGGCAGCACGGGGCAAGCUGCAGGCGGGCAGUGCUGAGGCUGUUGCUGUGGAGGAGGCUGCUCGUGCUGUUGAGGGGGACCUGCUCCGCCUGCUGGGGGAAGCGGGGGAAGGGGAGGGGGGAGAGGGGGACGGGGGAGUGGGUGAGGGGGGAGAUGGGGACAGGGGAGUGGGGGAGGGGAAAGAUGGGGACGGGGGAGGGCAGGGGAGAGCGGAUCGGGGGAAAGGGGAGCAGGGGAGAGGGGAUUUGAGGGUUCGUGGUGGGGAUGAGGAGGGGGAUGUGGUGGAGGGAGAGGGGGAGAAGGUGGGGAUGAGAAUGGAUGGAUUGGGGGAUGGAAGAAGGGAUGAGGGGAAGGUGGAUGGAGGGGAGGGGAGCGCAGGAGAAGGGGUUGCAGCAAGGGGGGGUUGCGCAGUGGAGGUAGCCCCAAGAGCCUCUUCAAAUGAUGGUGCCACUGAUGCUGUGCCUGGUGCUGCACCUGCUCGUGUGCUACCAUCAUCAUUGUCAGCAGCAGCAGAAGCAGAAGCAGGAGCAGUAGAAGCAGCAGGAGCAGUAGAAGCAGAGAGGCAGGUGUUGGGAAAUACUGACAGUGGUGAGGUGGAUGAGGCGUUGGAGGGAGCAAUGAGAGACAGCGGCGCACAGGAGGGGGUGAUUGCAGAGAGGAGACGAGAGCAAGGGGUGGGGAAGGAGGGCGUGCGGUUGGGCUUGGCGGGAGAGGAAGAGGAGGACGGCAGCCGGAGCGGUGAGGCAAGGAGUGUGGAGAAGGAGCGUGAGGGGCAGCGGCUGUGGGAUGAACGGGAGAGAGCAGCAGCGAGUGGGGAAGGUGGGGAAGGGGCGGGAGUGGGGUUAGGAGCAGGGCGGAGAGAGCAGCAGUCAGCAGCUGUGAAGUCGGCAUGGCGUGCAGGGGAGGCAGUGGGGCUUCAUGCUGUGUUGGCAGGUGGUGAUGUGAGGGAGGUGGAGCUGUCGUUCAAGGAGAGCUUGAGCCGGGAAGAUAAAGGGAUGCAUGCUGGUGGUGGUGUGGAGGGGCAGGGUCGCUAUGAUGACAGGAGCAACUACCGCCGUUCUCAUCACCAGGGACAGCAGCAGGAGCAGCAGCAGCAGCAGCAGCAGCAGCAGCAGCAGAAGGAGCAGAAGCAGAAGGAGCAGAAUGAGCAGCAGCAGCAGCGGCAGCGGCGGGAGAAGGCACACAAACAGCCGUCAAUGGAGGGCGUUUCCGCGCUGGAGCUUCAAGCAGCUCUGCAGCAGGUGGUGAACCUAGGCGCAGCCAUGGACGGCGCAACACUCGGGGGGGUAGAACGAGGAGAAAGAGGAGAAAGAGGAGGAGGAGGAGGAGGAGCGAUAGGCAAGGAGAGCACUGGGAGGAGGGGCAGGGAUGGGGAGGCCGGGAAAGGGACUGGCACUAUUAAGUUGGAGCAUGUUGAUGGGUACGAGCAUGCAUCAGACAGCGGUAGCAGCAGCUGCACCCACCGGGGUACACAACCCGGAGGUGGUGCAUCUGGCGAUGCUCCUGCUGGUUCUGGCGCUGCCUUUGCUGCUGCGGGUAAAAUCGCUGCUGGAUCGGCUGGUGCUGGCGGCAGCAGUACCCAAGGGAGCUUGCGUGGUGAUUUGUGGCCUCUUUCCCACGCCAAGCCGACUCGCUUCAAGGAAGGCAGUGUGGGCAGCAGUGGGGUGGGCAGCCGAACAGGCAGUGGUGUGGGCAGUGGGGCAGGCAGUGCGGCAGGCAGUAGCAUGGGGAGUGCAGCAGACUCUGGGGCGGACUCUGGUGUAGACACAAGGCAGCACAGGCUGAGGCUGCAGAGGAGGGAGAAGGAGCGUGCGGUUAGCGUUGCGGGCGGCAGCAGCAGCAGCAGCAGCGCUGUUGGCGGAGCGGUGGCGAGGGGUGGAGUGGUGUCGAUGACGGUGGAGGGCGGUAAGGUGGUGGUGUCUGGCACUCUCAAGUACACACGAGAGGUGCGGUUCUCAGGGAUAUGGUCCCAGGAUGGCCUUGACAUUACCUCUGCUGCUGCUCUUGCUCAUUCUGAUAUCGCUGCUGAUUCUGCUGCUAAUGAUGAUGCUCAUCACCAUGAUGCUCUUGUCGUGCAUCGUAAGGGCACUGCUGCUGCUGCUGCUGCUGGCACUGCUGCUGCUGCUGCUGCUGCUGCUGCUGCCUCUCUUGCUUCCGGUAAGGGGCCGCAGGUGCGGCAACCCAGGAGUGGCGUCAGGGCGGAGAAGAGCAGAGGCAGAAAGUACCGGCUGUCGCUGCUGGGGAAUGUCGUGGAAGGUGGCGGUGGGAGUGAGGGGACGAGUGGGGUGACGAGUGGGGUGAAUAGUGGGAUGGGGAGUGAGGGAGUGAGUGAGGUUGGGAGCGAGGGAGUGAGUGAGGGGGGGAGUGAGGUGGUUAUGAUGCAGAGAGGGAGGCGCGUGAAGAGCCAGAGCAGGAGCAGGGAGAGUGGAGGCACUGGUGGGUCAUUAGGUGGCAGUGGGAAUGUUAGUGGGAGUGGGAGUGCGAGUGGCAGUGGGUGGAGCAGCAGAGGAGUGGAGGCCGGGGCGAGGAGAAGGAAGGGAAAGAGCAGGAUGGGGCUAGCGGCAGAGAGCGGUUCAGUGGGGUCAGCAGGGAGUGCAGUAGGAGGGGUUGAAGCAGAUGGAGCAACUGGGGAAGGGAGUGGGAGAGGAAGGGGAAGAGGAAGGGCGAGAGGGAAGGGGAGAGGAAGCGGUGGAGAGGCAUUAGGUGCAGCAGCAGCAGCAGCAGCAGCAGCAGCAGAAGCAGCAGAAGCAGAAGCAGAGGCAGUGGGAGGGGCAGGUAGGGUGUCUAUUGGGCAGCCGGGUAUUGGGGCAGUGCAGCAGGCACAAAGGAGUGAAGAGGGCGCGUGGAGCGAGGGCAAAGGAGAGACGGAUGGGGAGGAAAGGCAGGAUGAGGAGAUGCAUGGGGAUGGUGGCGUUGCUUGCCAUGAUGGCAGCAGCAGCAGCAGCAGUGAGGAUGUGUUCUACGAGGCGCGGGAGAUGGUGAGCUCGCCAGGGUCAGUGGUAGGGUCGGUGGCAGGUUCGGCAUUGGCGUCGGUGUCAGCAUCGGACGAUGAGGGCAUGUGGAGUUGCAACUCAUCUUCCCGCAUGCUCAACGCCCCGACUACUCUCCCUUCCCCUGCCUACGCUGCUGCUGCCACUUCUCCUGCACCUGAUGCUAGUGCUGCCACUGCCAUGGGCACUCUCAAAACACUCUACACCCGCUCCCCGUCCCCUCCCCUCCCCUCCUCCAACCCCUUCUCCCUAUCCCCCUCCAACCGGCUUCCCUCGUCCUCCUCCUCGCCCUUCACGCACCCGCCCUUCCGCCCACUCCCUCCCGAUGCGCAGCUGCUGCUGCAGCGCUCCAUGAUUCCCCACCCGCGCCGCAGCCCCCUGGGUAUCCGCCGCACUGUCUCCGAUCUCACUGCUGAGGUCAGUGCUCUCAGGGCCGCCUCUGCCUCUGCUGCUGCCUCUGCCGCUGCUGCUGCUGCGGCGGCGGCUGCUGCGGCUGCAGCUGCUGGAGCAGCUGGUUCAGGCGCUGCCGCUGGUGGUGCCUUUGGUGGGGGCGCGGGUACGGGGUUUGGUGGUUUCGGUGCAGGCAGUGGCAGCAGCAGCGGCGGCGGAGCAGCAGUGAAUGCGCGGCGCCGUGCAGCAGCGAUCUCAGCGCUGAGAGCAGCUGCUUUAGAAGGGCAGCUGCAGCAGUCGAACCACCCAGGAGUGUACACCAAACGAGCAAUGGCAGGGCUGGGGGGGUUGGGAGGAGUGGGAGGGGAUGGUGGAGGGAGCUGGGGAGGCGGGGUUGGAGGAGUGGGGUUCGGGGGAAUGGGUGGGAGAGGGGUGGGGAUGCGAGGAGGAGUGGGGGAAGGGCUAGGGGAGGAUAUGCUAUUAGGCACGCCUGCGGCCGUGUUUGGGCGGAGCAGCAGUGGGUUAGGCAGCACAGAAGGAGGAGCAAGCACAGGGCUAUCUCCCGUACACUUGAACAUGGGUAUGGGCAUGGGCAUGGGCAUGGGCAUGGGCAUGGGAGUGAAUAGAGCAGCCAGUCCGGGUACUGUCUCCAUACCCUCCCCGGGCCUAUCGGGUCCUUCCUGGCAGCUUCUCUCUUUCCCUGAAGACAUGGCUACCGGUUCCCGCCCCUCCUCCUCCUCACACACUCUCACCCCGCAGUCCGCUUCUCGCACCCCCUCUGCCCUGGCCCCUGGCGUGGCGGAUUUUCUCUGGGGAUCGGGCAGUUUCCGGGGUGUGUUAGAGGGCCCCGGGCUUUUCCACUGGGGCUCUGGCAGUAGUACGAGCAGAGGGGGAUGGACGGCAGGGGGAGAGGGGGGCACGGGGGGAGGAGGCGGCGGGGACGGGAGCGGCGAAGGGGAACGGGGCGGGGGAAGCAGCGGGGGGAGAGCCGGGCUGGGGAGUGGAGGCGGGGGGAGUAGAGGCGGCACGGGGGGGAGUGGGGGGGGCAUUGGGCGGCUGGGGAGUGGGGGGGGGCGCAGCAGCGGGAGCGGCAGCGGGGGAUCGACAGGAUCGGGGUACCGAUUUGCAGUGCCGAUACAGCGGGCAGUGGCGGAGACAGAUGACUAUGAGGAGGGGCAGGUGUGCCCUCUGUCGCGCUCUAACAGUGCUAAUCUGGAUGUGCUGCUGCAUGGCAUGCACUCGGGGCACUCUGUGCCACCCCCCUGGGAUAGUGGGGACAUGGAUGGGGUUGUGGAUGGGCCAGGCGCGGGUGCUGCUGGUGGGGAAAGUGGGGCUGGUGGGGUGAGUGAGGUGGGUUCAGCAGCAGCGGCAGAUGUGGGUGUACGGACGGAAGGGGUGGGUGAGAGUGAGGGAGUUGGGGAGGAGAGGAGGGAGGGGGGUUUUGAGGGGCAGAAGGGGGAAGGUGUUACAGAGGAGGGGAGAGGAGUGGGAACGGCAGGGAGGGUGGGUGGCGAGGGUGGGAGUGAUGCGGAGGGUGAAGGAAGGGAGGGCGAGCAGGGAGAUGCAGGGCGACAGGAGGACGUGCAGGUGGGUGGGGGUGGGCGUGGGGGUGCUACUGGUGCUGCUGGUGGCGGAGGAGAAAACGAUGUGCAGGAGGGUGCAGAUACGGAGAUUGAGCCAGGGAAUUCCGUUCCACCCAAUGCUUUUGCUGUCGCUUCUGCUGCUCCUGCCUCUCCUGGUGCUCCGGGUGCAGUUGCAGCUGCUGUUAGCAAAGCUGACAGUGACCUGGGUAAGCUGGUAGGUGAGGGAGGAGGUGGUGGAGGUGGUGGAGGUGGUGGAGGUGGUGGAGGUGGUGGAGGUGGAGUAGGAGGAGGGGUUGAUAUACCAGAAGAGGAACGUGCAGCAGCAAGCACAGGUGCAGGACCAGACGGCGAUAGCCCAAACCAUCCAUCUGCCGAGCAUGGGGAAGGAGCAAGGGCGGGCGGAGGAGUCAGCAUACCCACCCAACCGUCAACCUCAUCACUCACACCCACCCAGCCCUCCCCUCAUCCAUCCCGCCAGCCCAUCACCCAACCAAUGCCGCAGCCUCAAUCCCAGCCCAUCCAGCAGCCUGUGCCUCCGCCUGUAAUGCGGCCACAGAGCCCGCCAUCGCACCAGCGCCCGCUGUCUCCUCUCAGGCACCACCAGCACCGCCUGCAGCCGUCGCUGCUGGGUCGCCGCCCUGCCUCCCCCCACACCGCGCCCGCUGCUGUCGGCGGCCUCGCCUCCCCUGCUGCCCCGCAGCCUCAGCUGUCCACUGCUCUGGCUUCUUCUGCUUCUCCUUCCGCUGCAUUCUCUGCUGCUCCUUUGGACGAUUUUCCUGCAGUGGUGGUGCCUCAACGCGGGGGUUUGGAUCGUGGUGGGUUUGCUGCCUCUCCCUCUGCCUCCUCGCCCUCCUCGCCGCACCUCACCUCUCCUGCGUCGCCUGCUUCUCCUGCCUCCCCGGCCUCUCCUGCUCCUGCUGACAGCAGCAGCAUCUGUGGGCCUUCACCUGCUUUUGCUCCAAGAGCAGUCAACCCAUCAGCUUCACCCAUUCACUCUUGGAUCGCUGCUACCAUGUACGCUGCUGCUAAUGCCAACCACACCGCCACCCGCCCCACCACCGCCACCGCCACCACCACCACCACCACUGCCACCAGCACUGGUUCCCCCUUGACGCCUUCGCUCGCUGCAUCAGUCGCCCCUGCUGAUGCCCCAGACACAGAAUACCCCACGCCUGAUGUCCCUGCAGGCGCAGCAGCAGGCAUGAGCGAACCCACGCCCUCCUCACCACCCACUGCAUCACUCUCAACAGCAUCUGCGGCAGCACCAGCGCCAGCGCCAGCAGCAGCAGCAGCGGCGGCAGCGGACAUGGGGCUGAGUCUUGGGGGAGACAUUGUCAAGGAUACCCGCGUCGCUGCACGCAUUCUGGAGCAGCAGCAGCAGCAGCAGCAGCAGCAAGGGGGGGCGGUACCGGUCCGCGUGUGGUCUAACAGCAGCAGGGUCAGCAACAGCAGUGAUGCUGAUGGGGCUUCUCCUGCUGUCAUUGCUGUGGCUGCUGCAACUGUUGCUGGCGCUGCUGUUGCCUCUGGGGCUAGCGAUGGGGCUCUUGGGCUGGCGAGCAACCCACCUCUGCUGGUGCUGCGUGCUGUCAGUGCUUCUGGGUCGGAGCCUGCGCCCCUGCAACCGCCCUCGGUGCUUGUGAGUCGAGAGCGAGGGUUCGCGUCUGUGAUUCCCGGGCCAUCGCCACCGGCCAAUGCAGCACCAGCACCUGCAUCUGCUGCAUCAUCAGCAUCUGUAGCAGCAACAGCAGGAACAGCAAGAACAGCAGGAACAGCUGCAUCUGCUGCUGCUGCGACAGCUGCUGCUAUUGCCAGCAGCAGUGUGGCGAGUCCGAGUGUGAGUGUGAGUGUGAGUGCAGCAGAAGAAUCGGUGGUGGAGGGCAUGAGAGAGCCAGGGAUGAUGCCGCUGGUGCAGGCAGGGCGAGCUGUACCAGAAGAAAGUCUCACUGCCCUUAGUCACAACAGCAGCAUCGCCUCUACUACCCCUCCUCCUGCUCCUGCACCUGCUGUGAUUUCUGCUACUGCCCCUGCUGCGGCUCCUGCCACUUCUGCUACCAGCAGUGGCAGUGGCAGUGGCAGUGGUGGUGCUGUGGUAUCUGGAAGCAGGGUGAAAGGGGACAGUGGUGGAGCAGGGGGGAGCAGCAUGAGUGGCAACAGCAGCCCAGGCUAUUCAGCAGCCACAAGCCCUGCUUUAGCUGCUGCUGUAGCUUCUGCUGCUGCUGCUGCUGCUGCUGGUGGUCCUGGUCCUGGUUCAAUGGGCAGUCCUGCAAGCGAUUUGGGUCAGCAUCAUUACUACCACCACCACUACCACCAUCACCACCACCACCACUUGCGCGUCUUCCCCUCCUUCCGGAAACGGAAGCAGCGGUAUGUAGAAGCCGAGAGCCUGGCUGCUGGUGCAGCUUAUAACGCAGAAGCCAGUAUGGGGUACGCGCCUGCUGUGGGCAGCAAUGUGGGCGUGGGUGGCAGUGCAAGCACAGGUGCAGGUGCAAGGACAGGGAAUGCCCACACAGGCAUGAUGAGGACGCCCUCAGCUUCCUCUGCCACUCCCAGCAGCGACAGUACCGGGAGCAGUGUGAGGGGCCCCGGGGGCGUGGCAGGCAUGGUGGCGCGCACAAGAAUCGGCGGCAGUGGCAGGAGAAGCAAUGCUGCUGCUGCCGCUGGUGCCGGCCGUGCGGGAGGGACUGGAGGGGGUGUAUCGCCGUUUGGGUCCUCCCCAGCAACGGAAGGAUGUUCUGCUCACAGCACGGAGAAGUGUGGGGCUGACGUGUUGCGUCCGGCCACAUCGGUGACGUCACUCGGGGUGUCGUCCCCGCCACCCGCUGCGCUCGCGUCGUCGUCGCUCGACCGCCACAGGCGGCGGCAGCGGGCCGUGCUGGACUGGGGGAGCAGCGUCGCGGGAGCGGCGGCGAGUAGCAGCAUGUCGCGGCCAAUGGCGCUGGGGCUCGUGCUGCUCGUGCUCUUCCUCACGUCGCAGUCCGAGUGGCGGUCGUCGCGCUCCCACAUGGACGCCGCCGCGUCCGCCGCGUCGAAGCAGAUGCGCGUGGAGAAGCACCGGGAUGGCGUCAAGGAGAAGGUGCGCGCGCGUCGCUUAUUCCUCCUUGCAUGCUCCACGCUUUCUUUCCUACCCACGUCCCUCUUUCCUCCUUUCCCGCUCCCGUCCCGAAUCUUCGUUAUCAUCAUGGAUCUAAUGGUGGAGAACAAGCGUCUGGAGGCGGAGAGGGAGCGGCUUCGGCACGUGGUGGAGGAGAUGCAACGGCGCCUGGUGGCGUGCUGCCAUGCCAACCCGCACCUCGACACCUUCGAGCCCUCCACUCUCAGGCCCUCCUCUCGCCUCUCCCCGCAGACCCUGGAUGACCGCUUCCUCUCCUCCUCCUCCUCUUCUUCCUCCUCUUCCUCCUUUUUCCCCUCCGCAUCCUCCUCCUACUCCUCCUCUGCCUCCUCGUCUGCUUCGUCCUCAUCUUCCUCUGCUUCCUCCUUCUCCUCCGCCUCGUCCUCUUCCGCCGCCCUCCCCUCAAUCACCAGCGGAUCCUCCCACGCCGUGAUGUUUGGGCAGCCAAAUGCUGAUUCCCCAGGCAUGCAGCGACAGGCAGGCGCGCAGAGCGACGGCGGGCGGGAGUAUCAGCGGCAGCAGCUGCUCACUCGCAGGCACGUCGAGGAGGCGUUAGCGGGAGGCGGUGGCUUCGACGCUGAUCCGCAGGAGCAGGAGCAACAGCAGGAGGAGGAGGAGGAGGAGCAGCAGCAGCAGCAGCAGCAGCAGCAGCAACAGCAGCAGUUGACGCAGCAGCUGCAGUCGCAGCAGCAGCAGUUGGCUGUGCCACAGGGGAAAGGAGAGUUCCUAUCUCAGGAGCUUGAGGAGCAGCAGAGCUCAUAUGCAGGUAGCAGCAGUUUGAGCAGCAGUACUGGCAGCAGCAUGGCUAGCAGCAUUGCAAGCAGUGGGGAGGGCAGUGCACGGAGCAGUGUGCAUGUGAUGCAGGAGAAUGGUGCGGGUGCUGAUGUGCUUGCAGGUAUGGGUGCAGUGCGUUUUGAAGAGGAAUCCAGUGGUAGUCAAGGGGGCUCAGGUGCAUGA